AUGUCGGGUCAGACGCUAACGGACCGCAUCGCCGCGGCCCAGUAUAGCUUGACUGGAUCGGAGGUGUCCCGAGCUGUGUGUAAAUCCACCACACAUGAACAAACGCCCCCAAAGAAAAAACACCUGGAAUACUUGAUCCAGGCCUCCCAGGACUCCAGUGUGAAUGUCCCUCAGAUGGCCGAUACACUGAUAGAGAGGGCAGGCAAUGCCAGUUGGGUGGUGGUUUUCAAGGCGCUGAUAACAACACACCACCUUAUGGUGCAUGGCAAUGAGAAAUUUCUACAAUUCCUUUCAUCGAGGAACACUUUGUUCAACCUUGCCAACUUCCUGGACAAAACAGGCUCACAUGGCUAUGACAUGUCCACCUUUAUCAGACGCUACAGCCGCUAUCUCAACGAGAAGUCUUUCGCCUACAGACAGAUGUCUUUUGAUUUUGUCCGUGUCAAGAAAGGCGCUGACGGAGCAAUGAGGACCAUGACAGUAGAGAAGUUGCUGAAAGGAAUGCCAAUCCUGCAGGGUCAGAUUGAUGCACUGCUGGAUUUUGAUGUACACCAACCAGAAUUAAACCAUGGAGUGAUAAAUGCCUGCUUUCUCCUACUGUUCAAAGACUUGAUAAAGUUAUAUGCUUGCUACAAUGAUGGCAUCAUCAAUCUAUUAGAGAAAUUUUUCCAGAUGAAGAGGAGCCAGUGUAAAGAUGGACUGGAGAUCUACAAAAGAUUUCUGACUCGCAUGACUCGGGUAUCUGAAUUUUUCAAACUUGCAGAGCAAGUGGGAAUAGACAAAAAUGACAUACCUGAACUUACUCAGGCCCCAGAAAGUCUUUUGGAAUCUCUAGAGACCCAUCUCAACACUUUGGAAGGAAAGAAGCCGUAA